AUGCCCACAAGCCCCAACAUACCAACAAGCCCAACCUUACCCACAAGCCCCAACUUACCCACAAUCCUCAACUUACCCACAAGCCCCAAAAUACCAACAAGCCCAACCUUACCCACAAGCCCCAACUUACCCACAAUCCCCAACUUACCCACAAGCCCCAACAUACCAACAAGCCCAACCUUACCCACAAUCCUCAACAUAUCCACAAGCCCCAAAAUACCAACAAGCCCAACCUUACCCACAAGCCCUAACUUACCCACAAUCCUCAACUUACCCACAAACACCAACAUACCAACAAGCCCAACCUUACCCACAAUCCCCAACAUAUCCACAAGCCCCAAAAUACCAACAAGCCCAACCUUACCAACAAUCCCCAACUUACCCACAAGCCCCAACAUACCAACAAGCCCAACCUUACCCACAAUCCCCAACCUUACCCACAAGCCCCAACCUUAUCCACAAACCCCAACAUACCAAACAUACCCACAAGCCCAACCUUACCCACAAGCCCCAACUUACCCACAAGCAACAACAUGCCCACAAGCCCCAACCUUAUCCACAAGCCCCAACCUUAUCCACAAACCCCAACAUACCCACAAGCCCCAACUUAUCCACAAGCCCCAACCUACCCACAAGCCCCAACCUUACCCACAAGCCCCAACAUACCAAACAUACCCACAAGCCCUAACAUACCAACAAGCCUAA